CUUGACGUCAAACCGCUCCUAGUCGUUUUCGUUCCAUUACAGUCUCUCCAUCAGCACCACCGUUCACAUCCACCUGCCCUAGUUCUUUCCCUUCUCCGUCCCCGUGUUUAAGUCAUUUCAGAUAUUUCCAAAAAUGGCCAGCAACUUCUCCAGGGUUUUGUCCUCCAAACGCAACAUUGGAAUCCUCUCGGUGGUCGGCGGCUCUCUGACGGCCGGAUUUUUGCUGCACCGGCAGCACGUCAGCGCUGGAACAUCGGGGCGCAAGCUGUACCCCGCCAGUGCGGAGUACCCCGACCUGCGCAAACACAACAACUGCAUGGCCAGCCACCUGACGCCCGCUAUCUAUGCCAAGUUGUGCGACAAGGUCACGCCCAGCGGGUACACACUGGACCAGGCCAUCCAGACAGGCGUGGACAACCCUGGGCACCCUUUCAUCAAGACGGUCGGCAUGGUGGCCGGAGAUGAGGAGUCUUACGAGGUGUUUGCGGAUCUGCUUGACCCCGUCAUCAAAGAGAGGCACAACGGCUACGAUCCCCAAACCAUGAAACACCCCACCGAUCUUGACGCUAGCAAGCUCCAGUCUGGUCUAUUCGACGAGCGCUACGUGCUUUCGUCCCGGGUUAGGACAGGCCGCAGCAUCCGUGGGCUGAGCUUGCCCCCCGCCUGCACCCGGGCAGAACGCAGGGAAGUGGAGCGUGUGGUAGUGGAUGCCCUCGCUGGUCUCAAGGGCGAUCUGACCGGGAGGUACUACAGCUUGACCCAGAUGACAGAUCAGGAGCAACAGCAACUCAUCGAUGACCAUUUCCUGUUUGACAAGCCGGUGUCCCCGUUGCUGACAUGCGCAGGAAUGGCCCGUGACUGGCCCGACGCGCGAGGUAUUUGGCACAACAACGACAAGACCUUCCUGAUUUGGAUCAAUGAGGAGGAUCACACAAGGGUCAUCUCCAUGGAGAAGGGAGGCAACAUGAAGAGAGUGUUUGAAAGGUUCUGCAAAGGCCUCAAGGAGGUGGAGCGCCUGAUCCAAGAGCGAGGCUGGGAGUUCAUGUGGAAUGAGCGUCUGGGUUACAUCCUCACUUGCCCCUCAAACCUGGGCACCGGACUGCGGGCGGGCGUCCACGUCAAAUUGCCCCUACUAAGCAAGGACCCUCGCUUCAGUAAGAUCCUGGACAAUCUGCGCCUGCAGAAGAGAGGGACAGGCGGCGUAGAUACCGCUGCUGUGGGUGGAACGUUUGACAUAUCCAAUUUGGACCGCCUGGGACAGUCUGAGGUCCAGUUGGUUCAGACGGUAGUGGACGGCGUCAACUACCUGGUAGAGUGUGAGAAAAGACUAGAGAAAGGCCAGGACAUCAAGGUGCCCGCGCCCAUCAAGCAGUUCAAGUAGACAACCCGACCCCUACAUAUAUACAUACCUCCUGGGCAUACACAUGCACAAACACCCCCAGCCCUGCACAUAGAUAUAUAUAUAUAAAAAACUAUAUAUACUAAAUAUCUAUGUCUGUGUUUCAUUUAGUGCUCCUUCAUAGCUAAUUUAACCCCUACGUCUCUUAUUAUAACAGUAUAAUCAACAUAUUAAAUAUUUCUGGAAAAUUUCCAUGGGACGUUCAAUAGGAUAUUGUGAAGAGAAGUAUCCAAAGCUAAACAUUGACUUUGAUGCUAAUAUUUUUUGUGACACCACAAACUAAAACAGCACAAAAGUAACAGAUGAAGGGCUUUGAUGGCCAAAUAAUUAUUUAUUUUACAGAUAUGCAAUUAAAAAAGUGCAUGGAGUGCGUGACUAGAGUUUAACAUCAUUAACUGCAUGGAUCAUGAUUGUGAGACACACUUUUUACUACCUACCAUGACACACACCAAUACAUAUCCAUAUUGUGUUUUAGCAUGAGAUGCCUGUCUGGCUUCUACCAUAUUGGCAUUUCUGGCCCUCAAAAUCUUUGCUGAUCUCAAAUCUAAAGCCAUCUAUCGUCAUCUGCUAGUCAUUACAGUGGUUAAGGAAUGGUAAAUGGUGUUGUACUUACCGGAAUUUCACAGAGAUGAUGAUGAAACUUUCUUGCACUAGUCCUUAUUGAAAACAAUACUUAACAACAGUUGACAAAUACAAACAUCUGCUGCAGUUAAUAUUUAACUUUGUUCAUUCCAUAAAUUCCCAUGGAAAAUUUCCGAUUAAAAAAAAAAAUCCCAUAAUUUCGCAGCCCAACUCCUGACACUCCACAGCCACACAACCCUAAUUCAAUUACCCCUUUAUAAGGCAACUGACAAUUUGGAAUAAUCGCUGCCAGCGCGACCAGUCAAAAUGGUUUCAUGUCGUCAAUGGCAGUCAAUGAGUUAGCCUUAUAAAGGGUUAAACUGAAUGAGUUAAACGUAAUGAUUGAAAACAAAACAAAAAAAUUCCCAAACUCAACCCUUUCCCCCCUUUAUCUGACCCAUUUUGGCCCCACUCCUUCCCCCACAGCAUGCCAACCCCUCCCUCCUUAUGUUAAUGAAAAUUCAUCACACGGUGCUCAUGCUACUCAUCUCUGGAGCGGAUUUGAAUGUGACUCAUCAAAUGUAAAAGAUGGUUUCUGUACCGUAAGCCAAUGAAGCAAUAUCAUAGCAGCUCAUCAAUGAAUGUAACGCGCGUGUCUUUUAAUAAACAAAUCAUCUAUUUAACAGAAACACUGUCUCC